GAGAACCCCACGCGGGAGCUUCUGGAGUCUCCAGCCACCGCUUCUCACUUCACUGGAGAAGGGGCUGGGGCUGGGCGGGAGCUAAUAAAGAGUGAAUGAGCUGCAGCCGCCGUGGCGGCCGGAGUCCACCCGAGCGGCACCAGAGCCGUGCGCCCGGGAGGCGGCGAGGGGAGGCGGUUCGCCUUGUCCCUCCCACCCGCUCCUCUUUCUCUCCCUCCCUCCAGCUGGUCCCAGAGCCCGGCUCGGUCCAGUCCCUCUGCCCCCAUCCCGCGCUCUUCCACCUCCGAGUCCCACUGCUCACCUAGGACGCCCAGCACUGCCAUGGGUUAGGGUGGGGACCGCGAGCCGCGCAAGGACCAGCCCUGCGCAUCCGCCGGGGGGCGCGGAGCCCGAACGCCGCUCGCCGCUCGCGGGCGCCGGGCAUGGGGAGCGCGGUGUGAGCCCGCACCCGGGGAGGACGCAGGAGCUGCGGACACGGGCUCCAGGAGGAGGAGAGCCUUGGAUUCCAGGGACCCGCGGGGGGGAGCCGAGGGAGGGCGUGGAAGCGAGUGAAAAGUGAAGCCGGGAGGAGAAGGCGCCAGAAGGUGGGGAUUGAUGCUUCUGUUUUUUGUUGCCGCUGCUGCCCUCGCUCUGGGAGCCGAGCCGGAGGGAAGGCGGUGGAGAGAUGAUUGCUGAGUUGGUGAGCAGCGCUCUGGGGCUCGCCUUGUAUCUCAACACCCUGAGCGCGGAUUUCUGCUACGAUGACAGCCGUGCUAUCAAGACUAAUCAGGACCUCCUCCCAGAAACUCCAUGGACACAUAUCUUCUACAAUGAUUUUUGGGGGACUCUUCUAACCCACAGUGGCAGCCACAAGUCCUACCGGCCACUCUGCACGCUUUCUUUUCGCCUGAACCACGCCAUCGGAGGGCUGAAUCCCUGGAGCUACCACCUUGUCAAUGUCCUGUUGCAUGCGGCAGUCACUGGCCUCUUCACCAGCUUCUCCAAGAUACUGCUUGGGGACGGAUACUGGACCUUCAUGGCUGGCUUGAUGUUCGCCUCUCACCCCAUUCACACUGAGGCAGUGGCAGGAAUUGUGGGACGGGCUGAUGUUGGGGCCAGUCUCUUCUUUCUCCUCUCCUUGCUCUGCUACAUUAAACACUGUUCUACAAGAGGCUACUCAGUCAGAACCUGGGGCUGGUUCCUGGGGACGGGACUGUGUGCAGGAUGCAGCAUGUUGUGGAAGGAACAAGGAGUGACUGUUCUCGCAGUUUCUGCAGUUUAUGACGUCUUUGUCUUUCACAGGCUGAAAAUGAAACAGAUCUUGCCUACCAUUUACAAAAGGAAGAACUUUUCUCUUUUCCUCAGCAUUAGUUUGUUAAUUUUCUGGGGGACCUCCCUUUUGGGUGCUCGUUUAUACUGGAUGGGAAACAAACCACCAAGCUUUUCCAAUUCUGACAACCCAGCUGCUGAUUCGGACAGCCUCCUGGCACGCACGCUCACUUUCUUCUACUUGCCAACCAAGAACCUCUGGCUGUUGCUAUGUCCGGAUACCCUCAGUUUUGAUUGGUCAAUGGAUGCAGUGCCUCUGCUCAAAACAAUUUGUGAUUGGAGAAACCUACAUACUGUGGCCUUCUAUAUCGGACUUCUCCUCCUUGCCUACUACGGUUUGAAGAGCCCCAGUGUGCAAAGAGAAUGCAAUGGGAAAUUUGUAACAAAUGGCAAGCAGAAUACAAAUGGACAUAGCUGCCAUUCAGAUGUGGAGUACCGGAACUCAGAAAUUAAGCCCAAUUUUGGUUCCAAAAUAGAAAAUGGAAUUAAAAGUAAUGUAGCACAGAGAACACAACUUCCUUCUACCGAGAACAUUGUUGUUCUGUCUUUAUCUUUGUUAAUAAUCCCCUUUGUUCCUGCCACGAACCUGUUUUUCUAUGUCGGCUUUGUAAUUGCAGAGCGAGUAUUAUAUAUUCCAAGUAUGGGCUUCUGCCUCCUCAUUACUGUGGGUGCCAGGGCCCUUUAUGUCAAAGUCCAAAAGCGUUUUCUCAAGAGCUUGAUUUUUUAUGCUACAGCUACAUUAAUUGUUUUCUAUGGAAUCAAGACUGCAAUAAGGAAUGGAGACUGGCAGAAUGAAGAAAUGCUGUAUAGGUCAGGGAUCAAAGUAAACCCAGCUAAAGCAUGGGGUAACCUUGGAAAUGUUCUGAAGAGUCAGAGCAAAAUUUCUGAAGCUGAAAGCGCCUAUAGAAAUGCUUUGUACUACCGUAGCAACAUGGCUGACAUGCUUUAUAAUUUAGGGUUACUUCUACAGGAGAAUAGCAGGUUUGCAGAAGCACUGCAUUAUUAUAAAUUGGCGAUCGGGAGCAGGCCCACACUGGCUUCUGCAUAUUUAAACACUGGCAUUAUUCUGAUGAACCAAGGAAAGACGGAAGAAGCCCGCCGCACAUUCCUUAAGUGUUCGGAGAUCCCUGAUGAGAAUCUAAAGGACCCACACGCACAUAAGAGCUCUGUCACCAGCUGCCUGUACAACCUGGGAAAACUCUAUCAUGAGCAGGGACACUAUGAGGAUGCCCUUAGUGUAUACAAGGAAGCAAUUCAGAAAAUGCCAAGGCAAUUUGCCCCACAGAGCUUAUACAACAUGAUGGGUGAAGCAUACAUGAGAUUAAGCAAGCUUCCUGAAGCAGAGCAUUGGUAUAUGGAAUCAUUGAGGUCCAAAACUGACCACAUUCCUGCUCACCUCACCUAUGGAAAACUGCUAGCUCUAACAGGACGUAAGAGUGAGGCUGAAAAGUUCUUCUUGAAGGCUAUUGAGCUGGAUCCCACCAAAGGAAACUGUUACAUGCAUUAUGGCCAAUUUCUUCUGGAAGAAGCUCGCCUCAUAGAAGCAGCUGAGAUGGCAAAAAAAGCAGCUGAACUGGACAGCACGGAGUUUGAUGUGGUCUUCAAUGCUGCCCACAUGCUGAGACAGGCUAGCCUCAACGAAGCAGCCGAAAAGUAUUAUGAUCUGGCAGCCAGGCUGAGGCCUAAUUAUCCGGCUGCUCUAAUGAACCUGGGAGCCAUUCUGCACCUCAAUGGCCGUCUCCAGAAGGCAGAGGCCAACUACUUGAGGGCUUUGCAGCUUAAGCCAGAUGACGUCAUCACGCAAUCUAAUCUCCGCAAACUGUGGAACAUCAUGGAAAAACAAGGCUUAAAGACUUCCAAGACCUGACACAGGAGGGCAGUGCCCUCAUCUUCUCCAUGUUUUAAAGCUGACUUCAUGAACAAACAGAACUUCCCAGCACUGAUAUGACAAGAGCUAGUUGAACUUCAAGACCCAGGCAGAGGUCACUGAGGUCACAGGCCACUUCUGGGAGUAUCAAAGUUGCUGUUGGCACAGCCAUUAACACCAAAAAGGGGAACAUUGGAAAACUCCUGAAAGGAUGUAAUUGUUACCCAUAGAAAUGUAAACCAGAGCACUUAAAACAGGAUCUUUUGGCAUUCUUAAAGGGGCAGUUGCGGGGGAGGGGAGUCUGAGUUACAAAUUUUGUUCAUUUUUGAAAGCUAAAUUAGAACUGCAUUGUUCCUUAAACACUGUGAGAGGAAGUCACAGUGUCCGUUCAGCCAGGGUAGCUAUUAAGGUCAGGUGUUAAUUGGACAUGAGUAGUGUUGUGUGGAUCCUAGCCAGAUGGCCGGUUGUCCUGAUGCUGCUGUCUUCCCUCUUUGGGACAGCCUGCUUAUCAAUUUCUGAAGCUUGGAAAAACUUUUUUUUUUUUUUUAAUGCUGUGUCAGGAUCUGUCUGAAUCUAUAGUUGUUUCCUGACUGCACAUAAAUGUUUUAUGAUUUGUACGCCACAGUCUUCACUCGUGAACAUUUACUUUUCACAUUUGAAAAGGAUAUGGAGAACAGAGCAAACCACACUUCACACUUGUAAGAAAGGUUGAGGAAGUCUUAUACAUGUCAAGAGGGCAUUUUUUUUUUAUUUCAUUGUCACCAAAUUUUUCCCAAACUGCAUAGAAAAAUUCAUUGUAUGUAUUCUUAGGCUUUUGAGAUUGCUGUCAAAAAUGACUGUUCCUGGCUAAUGCCAUGCAGUUAUUUUGAGGAUUAAAUCAAAAGGAAGCAUGAGAGUGUUCCAGUUCCAAUGCCUAAACAGCAACUGUUAGAUAAAAGGGAAGGUGCUUUGUGUUUUCCAGAUUUUACUAGUUAAAAUACCAAGUCUGCGUAACGGAGUAUAUAAUGAUGGUUGCCAGUAGUUUCACAUUUUGGAAAGAGUUGGUAUGAAAUGCUAAUCACUUUCUAUUAGGUACCUAAACAGCAAUAUUGAUACAUUUUUAAGGAAUUAUUUUUAUCAUAUUUUGCUCUUCCCAAAGGAUAUUAAACAUGACUUAAUUUAAACUGCAGUAGUGUAUAGCAUUAGGCUGCGUGUGUCAAAGUCCUCUGCCAAUAGCUUCCCACAGUUCAAAACUAUUUUUCACUAGCAAAUUUUUGGCAUUUAUUUCAUUACCUAUUAGUAACCACUUCAGUGAUCAUUUUACAAGUAAAAGACUAUAAAUGCAGUAGGGAAAAAAACAUUUAUUGAAUGUUUUUAACUUAUAGUGGAACUUUGCUACUAAAAACUAACCUUGUAAAACAACAGCCCACUAUCAACUUCUUCAGAGAGAAAGCAACUAUACCAUGCCCUGCAUAUUUAUUUAUUUAUUACCCUACCAUAACAAAAUCACAAAGCAAAACUUGAGUCAUUAAACCAGUUCUUUGCAAUUGAAAAUUAGUUUUUUCUCCAUUCCUUUGAUAAUCUGUGUAUAUAUGUGAUUAGUGUCCCCAUUAAAGGGAAAUGGUUGUACAUCACACCAUAUUUUCUCCGCAUUUUAUACAUUUUGCUGCAUAUCUGAAUACAGUGUCAUAAAGAAUUUAAAGUAGUGUUUCUAUGACAUUAGUGUUUUGUGAGGACAAAUGUAGUAAGAGAUUGUUGAUGGUAUUAAUAAGAAGGUUCUCCUAAUAUGUAUAUUAUUUGGUAAACAUUUCAUUGAAGGGCCAAAAGUUAAAUUACAACAAAUCACUGUUUUCAGAAUGCUAUUUGAUAUUUAACACAAACCUAUGUCAAACCAAAAGCAUGGGUUAAAGUAUAUUUCUCAUCUUCUAGUACAUUGGCAAUUGCAAAAAAAAAAAAAAAAGGGAUUUAAUAUAAGGUUAAAGAGAUGAAUUCAGUGUCUGACAUUUCUAUUUAUUUAAAUAGUUAUUGACCUAUGAUGACCUCCUAGUCUUAACAUUUAAUGUCUUUUCAUUGUUAAUUGUUCUUCCUUUCAAAUACUUGGUUCUUAAUAGAUUCACUGAUUGCACACUAGAGGCACUUCAUGUUGAGCUAGUUCCCAAGUAGCGUUAAUAAUUGGGCCUGUGUCAUAAAAUGCAUGGAUCUCCAAUAAUUAAAUGUCCCUGACACCUUUCACUACAAGGCUGGGCUUAGUAGCUGACCAACUCGGUGGGAGGGUUGGGGGGGUCUUUAGAACAUGGUCAAAAAUGUCUCCGCUCAGGGAUUUAUGGUGGAUUAUUGCAGACAGUGCUAAAAAUAUAGAGCACAAGACAAGUUUACUAAAUUAAAAUUUUAUUUUUUGAGAAACUGUUAUUUGUAUAAAUUAUCAAGAUUUGUAGGCUUUCCUUUUGUAGAAAUAAUUGUUUUAUGUGCCAGAGAAUUUCAACUUUGUUUUCAACAAUAAAGCAUUGAUAACAAAUA